CAAACUUCCCAAAUCCGGAAUAUGAUGAUAUUUAGGUGGAGAGGUUCAGAUGUGUAUAAAACGCUUGCCGUCGACGACCUACUUUCUGGAUAGGAUACCCUCACUCCAUCAGCCCAACACAGUCAGAACAAACACAGGCAUCAAUCCAACCAACAAAACAAGUUCAGCCCGCCCAACCCUCUCGAGACUCCUGUUCCCAUACAGCACCACAACCGCCAACAUGAAGUACACCGCCGCCCUCGCUGCCAUCUUCGCCGCCCUGGCCGCGGCCGCUCCCACGCCGGUCGAGUCGCGCCAGGCCAAGGGCAGCGCCAUCCUGCAGUUCGAGAUCGACAAUGACACCUUCACCUCCAACACCAAGAUCAACGUGCCCGGCACCCUCGAGUUCAACAACGCCCAGCGGCCGCUCCGCGUCAUCGCCGCCACCAUCGCGACCACCCAGAACAUCGCCAAGCCCGCCGCCGUCCGCUGCCAGGCCUUUGACAAGCAGGGGAAGGCGGUGGGGCCCAAGUUCGGGAACGACAAGCUUGUCAGCCUCGCCGGCGGCAAGAAGGUUGAGGUUGGGAAAAUUACUUGCCAGUAGCGCUGGAACCGACCCCGGCUUUUCUAUAUUCUCGUUUUCUUUCCUUUUUACUUUCCAGGCAUUUUUGGUUCGACAAGCAUAUUUGGUGGCAUUGUUUAUUUCCUUUUUCGGAUGGCGCUAGCGCAGCAUUAGAAGCCCGGGCGUGGGACAUGGAUGUAUUGGACAAGGAUAGGGACCUCUAGUUCGUGCUGUAGUUGUUCCUAGAGGCUGCCUGAAAGGAGCACUUGCAGUGUGGAGUCUGUGUCUCUUCCGCAUUUUAAAUUCAUUGACCAGCAGCUGCAAAGCCUGCAUGCAGCUGGUCUUCAAAGAAGUUAAUUCGAGACCAACUUGAUUGAAUCCUUUAC